GGUGUACCCCGCGUUCUAGACUAGCUUCCCCAUAAACCGCGGGACUACGGUAUCAACAUGCCUCGGCAUAUUCACCACUAGCUCGAAGGCCUACAGGUAUAAAGUCGCUACAAGCCAAGGAACCGAUCAAGGAGGCCUCGACAAAGAUACCAACACCCAAUCACAACCCGGAGACCAUUACACAGCAAAGAUGACUGAGAUUCAUGGCAACUGUGACCCCAAAUUCCACGAGGUUCGCUCUCUUCUUGCGAAGUUCAUCGAGUCAGGUGAAGAGAUUGGUGCUUCAAUUACCAUUGACAUCGAUGGCAAAGAAGUGGUGGAUAUCUGGGGUGGACACUCAGACGAGAAGCGAACUAAGCCGUGGGAAGAGAAUACUAUCGUCAAUGUGUUUUCAUGCACAAAGACAAUCACCAGUCUCGCGGUUCUCAUCCUCGUCGACAGAGGACUGAUCGACGUCAAUCAGCGCGUCUCGCACUACUGGCCCGAAUUUGAGCAGAACGGCAAACAGGAUGUUCUUGUCAAGCAUUUGCUGGGGCAUACGUCUGGUGUUUCAGGCUGGGAAGAGCCGCUAUCGACUGAAGACCUUUAUGAUGUUGAGAAAGCUACUGCGAUGCUGGCGCGGCAAGCUCCGUGGUGGACCCCUGGAACGGCUUCUGGGUAUCAUGCUUUGUGUUCGGGGCAUCUUCUUGGGGAGUUGAUCAGGCGUGUUUCUGGAAAGUCACUACGCGAGUUUGUGGACACUGAGAUCUCGGGUGUCUUGGAUGCCGACUUUCAGAUUGGCGCUACUGAGCAAACCUGGGACCGCAUUUCUCCAAUCGUUCCCCCGGACUUCUCAGGAAUUACCCCAGAGUUUGAAGAGGGAUCUGUCCAAGCCAAGACAUUGCUUAACCCACCACUCGAUCCUAACUCUGUGAACACCGGGCCUUGGAGACAAGCUGAGCUGGGCGCUGUGAACGGCCACGCCAACUCUCGCUCACUGGCCCGCAUCCUCUCCGCAAUCACCUUGGGAGGCUCAACCAGAGGCAAGAAGAUCCUAUCGGAGGAAACAAUCAAGUUGAUCUUCCAGGAACAGUUUGCUGGAAAAGACUUGGUCCUCGGACUACCGUUCAGACUUGGUAUUGGCUAUGGACUGACACCUUCUCCGGCGCUUCCCUGGAUCCCGGAGGGCAAUAUCUGUUUCUGGGGUGGUUGGGGUGGUUCGACUAUUAUCAUGGAUUUGGAUAAGCGUAUGACGAUUGCUUAUGCUAUGAAUAAGAUGGGUGGUGGACUUGUUAGUAGUGAUCGGGCUGAAGCUUAUGGAAGGGCCAUUUAUCAAGCUUUUGAGAAGUAAUGCCCAAAGAGAAGGAUAUUCUCAUCUUUAUUUCUUCUGGCCAUCAAUCUUUCAAUAAACAGUUUUCUGUCUUCCCCUCUGCUCUAGUCUUACCC